GCUGUGGCAGCGAGAUGCACGAUAUUAAAACCGUGGGAACGAUGCUGCGAUAGCGCACUGUUGUUACUGCGGCUGCAUUUCCCAGUUGAGGCGCCAGUGAGUCUUCACCUCAGACGGGCUGUCGCUACAUUGAAGCAACUGCCAACACACUUUGAAUACAACCCGGGUGCUCACAGCGAUGCACAGGCGGGCCAAACACACGGUUUCGGCGGAACCAUCUGGGUCUGCAAGCGAGGAGCUUCCGCCACCCCUUCAGGCAGAACGUCACCUGGACGCACACCUUGCUCCAAGCUCAGCGGUGAGGGUGUACCUACGCAUAAGACCAAGAUUUGCGGGCAGGGCGUUCACGGAUCCUGCGUUUAAUGUAUCCGAUGCAACAACUGUCGAGACAACCACGGCCACUCUGAUCCAUCAACAGAAAAAACGUUUUAGAUUUACAAAGGUGUUUCCAGAAUGCUGCAGUCAAAUGCAGUUGUUCCAGGAGGUGGUGCGGGAUCAACUUGACGACUUUGUGCGUGGGGCCAAUGUGCUCCUCUUUGCAUAUGGCCCUACCGCUGGGGGCAAAACGCACACAGUUCAGGGUCCACCAAAUGACCCAGGACUCGUGCCGCGCACCUUCGAACACCUCUUCAAGCUGAUCGGAUCUCGGGUGUGCAAGGGGGCACCAGUACGCCCGGACUGCUUUGACGAUGUGGUGCCGCUCAGCGCCGAGCAGGAGGCCUCUGCGCUCUUGCGGAAAGGCCGAUUGUUGGACAUGAAGGCAGCCCGCAGCGCCACCGACUUCAGCCGUGUUGCCUCAAGUAGCAGCCAUGAGUCCCUACUUCACAGCUGUGACAGCAGCUAUGAUGAAGCACAAGUAUCCCUGUGGCUCUCCUGCUAUGAAAUCUACAAGGAGGGAAUUUAUGACCUUCUGCUCCCAUCGGCUGAGGCAGCCACAAAGAAAGGCGGCCAGUGGCGCACCAUUCUAAAGUUAGGUGAAGACCGGGCUAAGCGCGCAUUUGUGCGUGGACUCGUCGAAGUGCCCGUGCACUCGGCGGAUGAGGCGCAUCGGCUGUUCUGCCUUGCUCGCACAAACCAAACCAUUGCCGAGACUCGGCUGAACCGCAGCUCGAGCCGCAGCCACUGCGUCUUCAUGGUGAGGCUUGUCACAUCUACGUCGGGCACCGAAAACUGGCAAGUCCGCACAAUGAUGCUAUGUGACUUGGCGGGUUCGGAGAGGCCAUCCAAAGCGGGAACUGAUGGGUCAUGGCUUCGCGAAGCCGGCUGCAUCAACAACUCGUUGUCAGUGCUCAGCCGCUGCUUGGAGGGCCUCCGUAGCAAAGAUGCGUUCAAGAAGGCUCCGGUGCCCUUCCGAGAGAGCAAGCUCACCCAGGCGAUGCAGGCCUACUUCACUACGGGUGCGCAAGUCUCUCUGGUUGUGAACAUCUGUCCAUCCAUGUCGGUUUUCGAGGAGUCGCUGAAUGCGCUCAAGUUCUCAGCUGUUGCCAUUGAAGUGGUGCCACUGCAGCUCGAGUCCCGCCAUGUUCGCUGCAAGGAGGCUGUUCGUCGUCUCAGUGAGCGGUGGAACCGUGCCAUGGGAGGCGAUGAACUUCCUGAUGGUUCCCUUGCACAAAACAAAGCUGAGGAAGUGGCUCCACCAGCAGCCUUGGAUGCACAUGAAGCUGAGCUCUUCGAGACCAUCGAGGCGCUCCAGCGGGACCUGGAGGAUAGCCGGUGCCAGCUGAAGUUCGUGCAGAAGAUGGCUGCCGUAAGCGAAACCCGUGCCAAUACCUACAAGGGCUUGAUGAAGUGCAUGGAGCAGGAGCUGCGCAUGCUGCGCGAAAGUGCUUUCCAUGCGCUAGAAUUUCGCGCCCGCACUGCCAGCGAGAUCGCACAGCUUAAGCGCCACAGCAUGGCAGAGCAAGCCUCUACCAUUGAUCUUCGGCGGCGCCUCGAGGAAGCCGAGCGCCAAGUCGCCGAACUUGAGGAAAAGCUGGGCAGAAAGGCAGUUGCACAAAAUGUGACUGCGAACAUGUGUGGCUGCGGGCACGUGCCGAACACUCCUGCCUGAGGUACACUUUGCUGAAGUGGACGUAUGACAACUGUGUUUUAGGCUGUUUUUAAAUAAAAUGUUAAUUAUUUUAGCUACCUA